UCCGAGUUCUUGCGCUCAAAGGUACCUGGAUAAUCUUGCGUCAACCCCCAACCAAGGAGACCGCCCGCGUCAGGAAAGAACAAGAGUUGAACCCCGAAAAUGGCAGCCAAAUCACAGUAGGUUCCUGCAUCAGCGGGGCAUGGUCCGUGCUCCUAUCUUAUCCAGAUGACUCCAGUCCGAUCCCGCUUGCUGCGACUGCCGCGCCCCUGCCGGACCAAGAGUUGGGGACCUGGCUGCAGCUCCAUUUAGCGCAGCCUUCCUCAGCCUUCUUUCCGCAUCUCGACACCCGGCUUCGAUCCUUGAUACAAAGCUCAUUGCUCAAUUUUGCGGUUGCCCGGGGACCCGAGCCUAACGAAGCCGCACGUCUCACCGCACAACAGUCUUGGCGAAGCAACGGCCAGCCAAGACAUCCUCACAAUGGACUACGUCCAGCAGCGCGUUGCGCAAGCAGCCUCCAACCUGGACACAUUCACCAACUCGUUCUUCACCCCGCUGAACGCUUUCUUCCUCUCCGUCCUCCUCUACACAGCCUACGCCUUCCUCCUCCGCCCUUCCCCGCCAGCUACGCUGCCCCGCGAGCCGCCCGCCAUCGUCUUCCGCACCUUCACCCCGCGCACCCUGCUGCCCUACAACGGCACGAACGACAUGCCUGUCUACCUGGCCGUGCGCGGCCGCGUGUUUGAUGUCACCCGCGGACGCAACUUCUACGGGCCCGGCGGGCCCUACGCCAACUUUGCUGGGCGCGAUGCCUCGCGCGGCCUGGCCUGCGGCAGCUUUGACGAGGAUAUGCUGACCAAGGACCUGGAUGGCCCAUUGGACACGCUGAGCGAUCUUGGACCGGAGGAGUUAGAGGCUCUCAGGGGUUGGGAGGAAAGGUUUGAGGAGAAGUAUCUUGUUGUGGGGAGGCUGGUGUCGGUUGGGGAGGAAGGGGAAGAGGAUUAGGGGAGGAGUCAAGGGGGGUCCACGAUUGCACGGUGCGAUGGAGCCAAGCAGCGGGAGUUGAUUCGAAGCGGAACAAAGGGAUAUGUCCAUGGUUUGGGCAGCUAUGGCGUUAUGGGUCUCCUUUUUCAAGACUUUGAAGGAUGGAGGAUAUCUUUAUGGAUGGCUGCUCGGGAAUGUUUGAAACCGGACUUCGGUACGUCAAGGAAAAUAGAUUCUUGUUCUCUUACCAAGCAGGUACUCUCUCCUGGGCCCGAACACACAAAUCUACCACACGGCCUUGACCGCAUCCGCAGGUUUUCACUCAAUUGCACACACGGUUGCCCUUGAUUCUCGUCAUCACAAACCUCAUCUAGCUGGCACCAGAGGCCCUCACAUUUCCCACACUCUCAGCCCGUCAUCACCAUCCUCUGGCCAUCCCCCGCGACAUCAUGGAACAGAAUUGGCAUACAACGUUAUACGUAACGACCGUCUUCCUCAAGACCCUCCUCACCAUCUCGA